GUAGCCAGGACUACUUAGCGGUUACGCGCGCCACCGGAGGGCUCUGGCCAUGUCGGGAGCGCGCACGCCCAGCUGAUUACCAACUGUGACGCCAAAACACAGCCAGUGCUGUGGAUGUUACACUUUAAACAUGUUUGAAUCCCUAAAAAAUGCAAUAAAUGGCCCUAACGCUUGUUCGGAGAGCCGAGAGCAGUUAAAGGAGAAGAAGCAACCGGUGUCCAAGUCUCCUGCACUUACAGGAAACCGUGUCACGGAGAAGAGGAAGAGGAAGAAGAGGAAGAAGAAACAGCAACAAGCGCAAGAAAGCGAGAAACGCUCCGUUCCAGAGCCCCGGCCACUCUCCCCCGGGGAAACCCUCUCAGUUCACGGAAGGAAGGAAAAGUCCGGUAACGAAAGUAAACCGAUUGUAAGAGGAAUCUUUCAAAUCGGCAAGAAAAGCCACGACGUGGUUCUUACGUCCACUCGGGUCACGUGGACGCGCAUCCAGCCCGAGAGCCCUGCAGGAGAAGCUUCACAAAAGAAGCCUGUCGAGGACUUUGUGGAGUUGAAGGACGUGUUUGCGGUGAAGGUGAAGCGGCGGCGUUCGGCAGGUCAGCAGAGCGGCGGCACGCUGCUUGGCAUCACUUUGUUCUUCUGCAAACGCAAAGGAGCUAAGCUCAAAGAUGACACCAUCCACCUGGAUAACCUGAGCGUGGAUCACUGCGAAAUCUGGUUCAAACAUCUCAAAGAAAUCCUCAACGGUUUUAAGCAUCGUCCCAAGUCUCUGAAGGUCUUUGUGAACCCGAUAAGCUACAAGAAAGAUGCAUAUCAAAUCUACAAGGAUCGGGUUGCUCCACUGUUAAAGCUCGCCGAUAUACAGACUGAUGUCACUGUCACUGAGAGAAAAGGCCAUGCUCUGUCCAUCCUGAAGGAGUGCAGCUUGGACCAGUAUGAUGGGGUGGUUUGUGUAGGAGGAGAUGGCUCUGUAGCUGAAGUUGUUCAGGGAUUGUUGCUUCGAGCGCAGAUGGAUGCCGAGAGGGACAGACAAUCCGCCUUCAUGCCCAUCCCAGCAUCGCUUCCUCUAGGUGUGAUACCAGCAGGUUCAGCCAAUGUUGUUGCGUGCUCUGUCAAUGGUGUGAAACAUCCUGUAACUGCAGCACUGCACAUCAUCCUGGGUCACAGACAGCCAGUCGACAUGUGCAGCUUGAGCUCGAUGGGUGUGCUCCUGCAGUUCGGCUUCUGUGUGAUGGUGGGUUUUGGUGGUCAAGCUCUGACUGUGGCGGAGAGACUGAACUGGAUCCCGCCCACACAGAGACAUGAACUGGCUCUCGUCACUGCACUCGCUCAGCUCAGACCUGAGGACUGCGAGUUGUCCUUUAUACCCAGCAGCAGUGGAGAAUCAGAUCACACCCAGAGUGAGCUGGAGGAGGACCUAAGUGACGUUGUAGAAGAUGCUGACUGGCAGGUCCGAAGGGGUCUCUAUCUCAGCUUGACCAUCACAUCCAUCCCCUGCUUGUGCUCUGUGGCUCCUAAAGGCCUUGCACCGUUCACCAGGCUGAACAACAACAGCAUGGCGCUUACUGCUGUAGCAAACACUUCCAGGUCAGAGUUCAUCAAGCACCUGAAACGCUACAGCAGCUCUAAUAAUCCGUUCAGUUUCUCGUUUGUGGAGGUUCAGCGUGUACGGGCGGUGAAGCUGGGGCCGUGCUCUCGCCAUGACGACGAGCAGCGUGAGUCCAAACACACUGCCAUCAUUCCCUCUGAGGGAACUCUAACCUGGAACAUCGACGGAGAGCUGAUGGAGGUGCAGGGGGAAGUUCUCAUCCGGGUUCAUCCUAAACUCCUGGAACUGUUCGGCACAGACGUUGAGGAAGCAGAGGAGCCGCCAGUUAACUGCAGCUGCAUUUAAUCACCUACAUUGUGUUCCACACAGAGUAGCUCCUGGUUAGGCUGCUUUUUGGGGCACAUUCGUGCCCCUUCGGGGUAAAAGCAGUCCGUUUAGAGCUACAAAUUUCGUUUAGUCUAUUGCUCAGGUAAACCGGUAAACUAGUGAGCAGUUAGCGAGCAUAUAAAUGAACAAAAGUCAACUCGCUUUUGAUUAAAGUGCUGCCCAAAUAGACAGGGAUGUCGACGAAGGUCCAAGAUACUGAUGCAGCAGAGAGUAAAACAGAGAGACGAGAGACAGAACGACUCGAGCUCAUCAGUAAUUAGAAAAGUCAUUUAGUUUAAAACAUACAUGUUAGACAAAAUACAGUCCAGUGCUUCAGUACUUAAAUAACAACACACACACACACACACACACACACACACACACACACACACACACACACACACACACACACACACUCUAUCAGCACUUUGCACACAAAUAAAUCUGUUGCUAUGAAAAUAAAAGAAGUUACACAAUUCUAUUCAUUCAUUUAAUAAACACAGUGAUUUGAAACAGAAAUGGAAUGUGCCUCUGAAUGUGACUCCCUGAACAGCAACACACACACACACACACACACACACACACACACACACACACACACACACACACACACACACACACACACACACACACACACACACACACACAA